CUCUGAUGGUGCACUGACUUGCUUGGCGGUAAAUUGUAUAUACGUCGUAUAUAUUAUACAUUCUUUCGCGUAAUAUUCGACCACGUGGGAGUAUAACCAUAGACUCUUAGUUGAUAAUAAUUUAUUGAUUGUUGAAUUUUGAUAAUGUAACCGUGUUUUGUAAUGACAUUUUUGAUUAUUUUUGGGUUCAAAUAUUUAUUUUAAUUUAAAAUUAAGUUUUCAUUUUUCACAUGAUAUCUUCGAAUCAGAUAUAUUCAUAUCAAAAACAGCAAUCAUUAAUAGCCAGUGAAUCCAAGCAAAAAAUGACAAUGGAUGUCACUAAAACAGAUUUAACGAAUAAAUCAAACAUGGCUUCAAGUGGUUUAUUACCUAAUGUCGGUCCAAAUGUACAACAAAAUGGUCCAAAUAAUAAUGGUGUCCCUUCACAAAACAGUAAUACACCCGGAGGUGUUAGUACUGGUCAUCACCAUUCCAGUGGCGCAUCACAAAAUAACAAUAAUGGUCAGCAAGAGUGUGCUGGAUGUGGUAAACCAAUUACAGAACGCUUUUUAUUGCGUGCAUUGGACUUAUUUUGGCAUGAAGAUUGUUUAAAAUGUGGAUGUUGUGAUUGUCGAUUAGGUGAAGUUGGGUCUACGUUAUAUACGAAAGCAAAUCUUAUAUUAUGUAAACGAGAUUAUUUAAGGUUAUUCGGAAAUACUGGUUAUUGCGCAGCUUGUAAUAAAGUCAUACCAGCGUUUGAAAUGGUGAUGCGUGCACGAAAUAAUGUUUAUCAUUUAGAAUGUUUUGCGUGUCAACAAUGCAAUCAUAGAUUCUGUGUUGGUGAUCGAUUUUAUUUAUGUGAAAAUAAAAUAUUAUGUGAAUAUGAUUAUGAAGAACGUUUGGUAUUCGCAAAUAUGGCAUAUAAUCCAUCAAGUUUGGCGCACAUUAAACGACAAACGAAUAAUUUACCACCGCCUCCACCAUCAAAUUUGCACCCGGCAAUGAAUGGAGCAGGCUUAAGAACUUGUACAGAAUUACCAGAUCGUAGAGCACAACAACAUCACAGUAAUGAAGUAAAUGGAUUCCAUGGACCUAAUAAUUCAUCUGAUUCAUUUGACAAUACAGGAAAAUGACAUUAGGCCAAAAUGAAACAACAUGGUUGUUGUUCGAAUCGAGGACGAAAAAAAAACUCACAUUGGCCAAAUAAUAUGUAUUGAGAAAAUUCCAAAAUCAAUGAGACUGUCUUAUAAUCUCGUGGUAUAAAUUAGCUUAUAUUUACUUGUCGUAUUUCAAAUAGAAAAAUAUCAAGAGAUUUUGAGACACUAUUGAUUUUCUUUUAAUUAUUUCUAUUUCAAAACAAAUAAACAUAACACUUUUAUUUCGAAAUAUAAGAGUGUUUUUUUAGGCAAACCCAAAAUUGCAUUGAUGCCUAAUACUACACGCUUAUUGCAAGCAAUGUAUAUGAGUUAAAUGUUACAUAUAAAAUGAGACAUUGAAAAAAUAUGAAAAUAAAAGCAAUGUCUCAAAGGGAUU